CAAAUAAUCAAAUAUUGUCAUGGCCCAUGUGCAAUCUUAAAAUUUAAAAUAAAUAAAAUAUUUCUUGAACUCGAAUUUCAACAUAAAAGAAUAUAAUAACACCUGCAGAAGACAUAAUAAAAUACAUAAAUAGAUGUCUCCUAUUUAAUACAUUCUAAGUGGUAUAAAAAUACCUUUUUUUUAAGCAGUUAAUAUAAUUUUCUGAAGUAAAUUUUUACCGUUAAUAGUCGUAUUUAUUUAAUAAUGUCGGCAUUUAAGUAUUUAAUGCAUUUCGCUUACAUAGGUAAACCAUUCAGGGGUUCCCAAAGACAGAUUUUAGGGGGGUUUCCAAGGCCGGACGAUCCGUUAACAGUUCAGGGUAGACUAGAGAUGGCUUUAAAAAAAUUAAAUCCUUGUAAUGAGCCUAUAGUUUAUUUGUCCUCCAGAACUGAUUCUGGUGUUCAUGCAAUCAAUACAACCUGCACUGUAAAUUUAUAUAGAAGUAAUGGAAUGGUCUAUUUUCCCAGAUCCAUUACAAUUUGCUUGAAUAGUUAUUUUAAAAAACAAGAUGUGCCUAUUAGAAUUUUGAAGACAUAUUUAGUACCUGAUACAUUCAAUUGUAGGCAUAAAGCUAUAUCUAGAACUUACAUGUAUCGAUUAACUGUGGGCAAGGCAAAUUCUAUAAAUUGCGCUCCAAAUUAUCAAUUUAUUCCAAUAGAAGAAUGGGAUAGAUCAUUAUUUUAUUGUACAGAUACAUUUGACUUGGAUAAAAUGAGGGAAGGAGCAAAUUUAUUUGAAGGUUAUCAUGACUUUAGAAGUUUCAUGGGAAAUCAUAAAAAUGAACCAGACAAAGUUACUAGAAGGAUAAUUGAAUACGUAAAGAUUCAACAGGUCGACAGAUAUGGUUAUAGCACUUACAGUUGGCCAAAAAUUAUAGAAACACCAUUCGAUGAUUAUUUAUUUAUAGAUGUUUACAUGAAAUCACCAGGUUUUCUGUAUAGACAGGUGCGAAGGAUUGUAGCAGCGUUGGUGGCUUUAGCACAAGGUAAAGUUACAAUUAGAGAUUUAAAGUUGAUGCUUGAGAUACCAUCCCGUCACUCUUGGUGUCCUCAGAUCAAAACAUUGCCUGCACACGGUUUGUACCUUUGCGAAGUGGAAUACUCAAAGGAGGACCUGGACACGUUUAGGACGGAUCCGGAAUCGGGGAUAUAAGUUUUAGUUUCAGGAUGGUUGGAUCUAGGGUGUAUGUAGGGGGUUUGCCUUAUGGAACCACGGAGCGGGACCUGGAGCGUUUCUUUCGAGGUUACGGUCGAAUGAGGGACGUUCUUAUUAAAAACGGAUACGGGUUUGUUGAAUUUGACGAUUAUAGAGAUGCUGAUGAUGCUGUGUAUGAAUUAAACGGUAAAAAACUUUUAGGGGAGCGAGUGACUGUCGAGAGGGCCCGAGGCACCCCGAGAGGACGUGACCAGUGGUCUGGUGGUGGUGGCGGCGGCGGAGGCGGCGGCGAAAGAAGAGGUGGAGGCGGCAGUAGUAGCAGCAGCAGUAGAUCAAGGAAUAACGACGACCGCUCCCAUGACAGAUAUGGACCCCCAACCAGAACCAACUACCGCUUAAUCGUCGAAAAUCUAUCCUCCAGAAUUAGCUGGCAAGACUUAAAAGACUAUAUGCGCCAAGCCGGCGAAGUUACCUAUGCAGAUGCCCACAAGCAGCACCGUAAUGAGGGCGUGGUUGAAUUCGCGUCCUACUCUGACAUGAAAACUGCUCUGGAUAAGCUUGAUGAUACCGAAUUAAAUGGCAGAAGACUGAGGUUGGUAGAGGACAAAAAGACAAAGAGCAGACGCUCAGCUUCCUACAGUAGUCGCAGUAGAUCCCGCAGCAGAUCUGCCAGGCGUUCGAGGUCCCGCAGUCGCAGCUACCGCUCUAAGUCCAAGAGCAAGUCCAGGUCAAGGUCCCGCUCAGUUAGUGCUAAGGCCAAACGGGACAAAUCCAAAUCUAGGUCUCGUUCCAGAUCAAACUCACGUAAAAAGUCCAACGACCGUUCCAGGUCUAAUUCCAGGAAGAAAUCUGUUGACAGAGGUCGUUCUCGCUCUAGGUCUAGGUCCCACUCCAGAACCCCUGAUAAGCGUUCCAAGUCAAGAGAAGCUUCUAGGGAAAGGUCCAGGUCCAGAAGUCGAUCAGCCAGUAAAGACAGAAGCAAGUCUAGAAGCAGAUCAAGGUCUCCAAACUAAAGAAGGGUU